AUGAACCCGGAGCAACGACGGGGUGACCCAGGGGUAUCACGAGGCAGCGCGGGGCCUCAUCCUUCUCAGCCCAUACAUGAUGAAGGAGUUGAAGGAAGCCGACCUCAGGGCAGGGGAGUAGAAGCACCGGCAGAAGAAGGGAAAGAUAUGCAUGAUGACAACGACGCAGGCGGACACAGGGAUAAGAGACAGAGGCGAAGUAAUGAUGCUAGCAGCGGACUUGGGUCUGGACCUAUGUCUGAGUCAGAUUCAGGAACGGUUGAUAGGAUUCAUCUCGAACUCCAAACCGAGCAGACUGAGCCCUGGGGUGGCCUGCCAUUGCAUAACCCGGAACUGUAUGAGCGGGUACAGAGGGAUGGGGAGUCAGGGGCAUAUAUCGGGCCAGGAGCUGGCAUCGUGGUUCGAUAUACGCCACAGGAACGAACUGCCCUUGCUGCAGGUGAUACCCCGGUCCCUGAAGGAGGUAGGAGAGCAGGGGAGGCAACUGAAACGGUUAUUUCGGUUACAGGAACGUCAAGUGAUGCUGACGAGCUCCCUGCCAUCCCGAAGAAAAGGUCAAGACCUGAAGAGGGUUCGGGAUCAGGGGAUGACAGCCACAACAAGUCUGUCGAAGCGCGGGAGCAUGGCGGGAAAGCUGUAGGGGAGACUAGCUCAGAUCCAGUUAUUGUUGACGUGAGAGAACGGCGCUUCCCGCGGGCUACUAGAGAGCGGGAAACAAGGCCCAUCGGCCCUGAUUUUGGCCAACGAAUUACUAUUUCUGAUGAUGAUAGCCAUAAGACGCAGUUCACUAGAAAUGGAUCACGAAUCAAGGACCGCGCAGAACCUCCAUCAUCACCGCAAUUCACACCCUCACCAGGCAUAGACGGGGUAUAUACUUCCAAAGGCCCCUACGCCUCAUGGUAUCGUAAAAGACGCAUUAGACAACUGCGUUCAGAGUUCAAACGCAUGGGCCGGAGGCGGUUGCUCCUUGCCUUUCCUCCACAGAAACUACCAACUAGACGAAUCCGGACUUGGAGCGCGUCGAGGAUCAGUAUUUUAGGCGAAUUUGGCAGGACAUUGGCUGCAGCCUUGCCACCUUAUCCGCAACUGACUAGGCCCGGUAGAAGAGUCGCUCUCAUUCGUCAUGAACAGACGCCGGUUGUGAAGCUAGAAGAUUCGCCAUCAGAGGUUGACCCAAGACAGAUUCCUCUUCCGUCAAUUGAAGAAGAUCCCUUGAAAUAUGAGAGAGUGGAAGGUUCUUCCCGUGAGACUUCUCACAAUUCUCAGGCUGAACCCAAGGUUGAAGCUCCGGCUGAAGCUCCGAAUGAGGAGCCGCCUAAGAGAGCUAGAAGACAAGCUGCCAUCGCGGGUAGACAAAAGAUGCUAGACCGUACUGCACCGCCCGCAAAACGCCAAACUCGCGGACUGGGGGCAAGAAAGGCAAGCGUUGCAUCUUCCCGCGGGCCGCAAGCCUCUACAGCGAAUGAUGAUGGAAGAGUAGCGGUCCCUGAUACAAUCCACGAGGAUGCUGAGGAUGAUGAUGCAGAAGAUGAAGAUGCUGAGGACGCUGGCGAGAGCAGCAACCAGCCAGCGCAAAGUGGGAAAGGCAAAGGUAGGAGUAGAGCUCCAAACAAAGCUCCAGCUAAGACCAAGUCAAAGAAAGCGCCCGUUGACGAUGAAGUCGGGUUUAUUCGAUUUUUCCGCUCACUAGAUUCUGAAGAUGAGUCUACAAUUCGCGUGUUCGAUCGUGGUGACUGGUAUACCGCCCACGGCAGAGAUGCAGAGUACAUCGCCCGCACAGUCUACAAGACCACGUCAGUCAUACGAACACUGGGACGAAGCGACAGCGGCCUCCCCUCAGUGACCCUAUCCGUCACCGUAUUUCGAUCGUUUUUACGUGAAGCCCUUUUCCGCUUGAACAAACGCAUUCAGAUAUGGUCAUCGCAAGGCGGUGCUUCUGGGAAGGGUUGGAAGCUCUCAAAGCAGGCCAGCCCGGGAAAUUUACAAGAUGUGGAGGAGGAGUUAGGUGGAGCUUCUGGAGGGAAUGCUAUGGACACCUCCCCUAUCAUUCUCGCUGUUAAAGUAUCUGCUAAGGCUGCAGAGACGAGGCACGUUGGCGUAUGCUUUGCAGAUGCAAGUGUCCGGGAACUUGGAGUCAGCGAAUUCGUGGAUAAUGACCUGUACUCCAAUUUUGAAUCGUUACUCAUUCAGCUUGGAGUUAAAGAGUGUUUGAUUACCGCCGAGGGACAAAAAAAGGACGUCGAGCUAUCGAAGCUGAGGCAAAUUGCAGAUAGCUGUGGAGUUGCUAUUACACAACGACCCGCCAGCGAUUUCGGAACCAAGGAUAUCGAGCAGGACCUAUCUAGGUUACUGAAAGACGAGAGGGGCCCAGCAAUGUUACCACAGACAGACCUUAAAUUAGCAAUGGGCUCUGCGGCCGCUUUGAUCGGCUACCUCAACGCAAUGUCUGAUUCUUCGAAUUUCGGCCAAUAUCAACUUUACAAGCAUGACUUGGCACAAUACAUGAAACUAGACGCAUCUGCACUCAGAGCGUUGAAUCUCAUGCCUGGACCGCGAGAUGGCAUGAAACACAUGAGUCUUUACGGUCUACUAAAUCAUUGCAAGACGCCCGUUGGAGGUCGUCUAUUGGCUCAAUGGCUAAAGCAACCACUGAUGAACCAUGUGGAUAUCGAGAAGCGCCAGCAGUUGGUUGAAGCAUUUGUGACAGAUACCGAAUUAAGGCAGACUAUGCAAGAGGACCAUUUACGAUCCAUACCAGAUCUCUACAGACUGGCCAAACGUUUCCAGCGAGGAAUGGCCAACUUGGAAGAUGUCGUUCGUGUAUACCAGGUGGUAAUUCGCAUUCCCGGCUUUAUCAACUCUUUCGAAGGAGUCAUGGACGAGAAAUACCAAACACCUUUAGAUGCAGAAUAUACAACCAAGCUACGCAAACUUUCCAAUGACCUGGGGAAACUUGCGGAAAUGGUUGAGACAACAGUUGACCUAGACGCUCUGGACAACCAUGAAUUCAUUAUCAAACCGGAGUUUGACGAUAGUUUGAGGAUAAUCAGAAAGAAACUCGACAAGUUAAAAUAUGAUAUGGACUCUGAACAUAAGAAAGUCGGCAGAGAACUUGGUCAGGACAUUGAGAAGAAGCUUUUCCUAGAGAACCACCGAGUGCACGGUUGGUGCUUCAGGUUAACGCGAAAUGAAGCUGGCUGUAUUCGCAACAAACGAGAGUACCAGGAAUGUUCGACACAGAAAAACGGUGUAUACUUCACAACCUCAACGAUGCAAUCGCUACGAAGGGAGCACGACCAACUCUCAAUGAACUACAAUCGAACGCAGACUGGCCUCGUUAGUGAGGUUGUCAACGUUGCAGCUUCAUAUUGCCCACUACUUGAACAACUUGCCGGCAUCCUAGCACAUCUUGAUGUGAUAGUGAGCUUCGCACAUGUAUCCGCUCAUGCCCCGACUGCCUAUGUGAGACCAAAAAUACACCCACGAGGGACGGGUAACACUAUCCUCAAGGAAGCUCGCCAUCCAUGCAUGGAAAUGCAAGAUGACAUUUCCUUCAUCACCAAUGAUGUCUCUUUGAUUAGAGACGAAUCCUCCUUUCUAAUCAUCACAGGUCCCAAUAUGGGCGAGGCAGAGCUUACGAUAUUUGACUGUAUCCUGGCUCGAGUGGGCGCCAGUGAUUCUCAGCUCAAGGGCGUAUCGACGUUCAUGGCCGAGAUGCUUGAGACCGCGAAUAUCCUGAAAUCGGCAACGUCCGAGUCUUUGAUCAUAAUCGACGAGCUAGGCCGCGGAACGAGCACAUAUGACGGGUUUGGUCUUGCAUGGGCAAUUUCAGAACAUAUCGUUACUGAAAUCAAAUGCUUCAGCUUAUUCGCUACGCAUUUCCAUGAGUUGACAGCACUCGAGGAGCGCUAUCCCAAAUCAGUGAGCAAUCUACAUGUCGUCGCCUUUAUCGGAGACGGUCCUGCAUCAGAAGGAAAGAAGCCGGAGAAAGGCAAGAAGCAAGAAGUCACUCUGCUUUACCGUGUUGAGCCGGGUGUCUGUGAUCAAUCCUUUGGAAUCCACGUCGCCGAGCUGGUCCGAUUCCCCGACAAGGUCGUAAACAUGGCCCGUCAGAAGGCAGAAGAACUUGAAGACUUCACCACGUCUUCAGCUGAUGCAAAGCAGGCCGCAACCGUCGACAAGUUCACUACGGAAGAAGUUGCGGAGGGUAAUGCUCUGCUCAAAGCCAUGCUGGUCAAAUGGAAGGCCGAGGUCGAAGCCCCUGGCAACGAGAACAUGAGCGUGGAGGAGAAGAAACAGCGACUGCGAGAUCUUGUUGCUGCAGAUGACAAGCUGCAGGCUAAUAAGGUGUUUUUGGAUAUCAAGGCUUUAUAA